CGUUACACUCGCUAUUUUUCCUAUUUGGUGGUGCGGAAUUCCAUACGACGCGCAAAAGGUGGUUGGUCGGAGCAUUUUGGGCAGAUUUGGGAGAGGGCCUUGAAGGAGGCUGUGCAGGCCAAACUGGCCGGCAGCAACAGCACGACGACAUGAUGGAUAAUCGGAGAUCACUGCUGGACGACGAUGCGACACCGACACAGGAGCGCGCAAACGUAUUUAGCGACGAGUUCGAGAUCGACGACGAGGUUGACUACUUCGUUGCCGACGGCUUCAAUGCCGCCGCAGAGGGGGUCUCCCACAACCGCCAAGGCUCUGUAGAUGAGCCCAUUCGAAGUGUAUCCGCACAUUUCGCAACAAACCCGGUAUCGCCCAUACCGCCAGCGAUGGCGAGUGGGCCUUCGAGGAGUUCGAUACGGAAAUCGCGGUCGCAAGCAAAUCCCUUUGCAAGUCCGGACGACGAUGAGCCUGCGUCACCUGGUGGACGGCAUCAUAGUCUCGAGUUCGAACCAGAUGGCGCCGUGCGGCGAUCCGUCUCAUCGGCAUCAUCUUCACAGUUUGCGCCCACGAAUACACCACGAUUUGGCGCGGGACCGAGUCAUCCGUAUGGCAUUUAUCCGCAGGGCACAGCGGCGCGCACACCAAGCCUGGCGACACAGUCUACGAUACGGCCCAAUGCGCGACAGUCAUACUCGCAGAAUCGUCCUGCCCACCCGUAUGCCAUGUACCCGCAAGGCGUAGACGAUGACAUGGACGACGAAGAUGACGAUAUUGCCCUACACAACCAGAAUCCUGUCGUGCCUGUUGGGUUCCCUGGUCUUGGCCAGAAUUACACGCGGCGGAUAGGACCAGAUGGUGAGGAUCAAGACUUAAUAGGUGAAGAUGGACAUACAGAACAACUACCGCCAUACAGUCGAUAUCCUGAGGAUGGUCCCGAGAAGAUGCCUCUGCUGCCUAUGGCGUUGCAUAGCAGAGCGCCUGUGGCCGGCACUGAUCCUGGAAUGCCAUUAAUGCACACCACGCUAGAGCCGUCACCCACACCGCAGCCACAGUCGAUGACAGAUGAGUCUGCAUUAGAAAGACAACACACACGCAUGUCACGCAUAUCGGGACAAGCCCUUAUCAACUCAGGCUCGUCAGAUAGCACGAGCAUGACGAAAAAGUCGUGGAAGGAGAAGACAUGGAAGGAGAAGAGAAAAACGCCCUUCUGCGGUAUACCAUUCUGGGUGAUACUGCUCGGCAUCUCUGUGAUAGUAUUCAUCAGUGCUGUCCUUGGAGGUGUAAUUGGCGGAUUCGUUGCUGGUGGGAAACAUGCCCGUGAUAAAAACCCCACCAUCACGGUCGUAACGUCGUUGUACGAUGCUAGCCUAAUCGCCUCACCGACGUCCGGCGCUCCACCGACUGGCACGUUUGGACUGACUCUGGGCGCGCCUCAGGAGACUCAACAUGACUGCCUGCCUCACCACAAUCAGCAACCCGCAUGGAGCUGCGACCUGUCACCUAACUCAGCUUUAGGUAUCGUCAUCGGCCUGCCUCAGGAUGGACCAGAUCUGGGUGCUCAGGUAUUUGAUGCCUCAUAUGAUAAGACGAUUGCAUAUGGCGCACAGCUUUCCAGCAUGAACACAAGCUUCUCCAAAUUUUUGACAGUUCAGGACAAUGAUGCACCCGCGAACGGCCCUGCAUUCUACUUCCAGCAAUUCUACAACAAGGUCGUCGUCGUUCCAGAGAAUCUUAUCGCGCUAGACAAUGACAAGAAAUCGAAACGAGGCUGGUUUGUGCCUCCACCCAAUUGGGCGGUGCCGAAGGAAUUUCGUGCUAGGAAGCAACUUGCCAGUCCUGGUGAGAAACCUUGGUUCUGCGUUUGGAAUGGCACAUUCCUGGAAGGCUUCAUCUAUGUGACACAAACAUAUACGCCGCCAGCGUCGACGACCACGGCAAUCAACUCUUCAUCCACGGCACCACCGCCAGGAUCGUCAGGUCCACCGCCGACAUCUGCCAAUACCACACCAGUAUCUGGCGCGCCUACACCAACGCCAACAGUCUCACCCACGCAGCCCACGGACUUGGUCACAAAAACCAUGUCCUUCCCAUGGACUACUGCCACCGUCACUGCGCCAGCAUCCCAGCUUGACGGCUACAGAAGCAGGUUCAGCGCUGAAGCACAGAAGCAGAAAGAGUUUGCGGGUGGGGGUGACCAUCGAAAACGCGCAUCAGACAUUGCUCCACAUGAUCUUUGGAGUCAAUUGGAUGUGUUCCCAUAUCUCUUCAAGCUUGAAGAAAGGAGGUUACCUAAUAACCCAAUCACUCCAUACUGUCAGCAAUACCAAAUACUGGACAAUGGACAUGCGAACUGGGUCGGCGAUGACAAUGGAGAACCGAUCAUCAUCGACCUAGAAGAGGACGAUCCGAACUUCUCCGCUUACGAGAGCGCUGGCAUUGCCUCGACGAACUCUAAGAGAGGUAUCGCCGGGAGCUGCCACUGCCAAUGGAUGAGCGGCGUAGACGAGGACGACCCAACCAAGCGAAGGCGAUGACACUCGAACUCACCUUCCCCAUAACGACUUACAUGCCGGCGUUUGCAAUUUUAUUCUCUUUAUUCAGAUCUUGACACGAUCGCACAGCACUGGCCGGAGCUUUUUCACUUUUUCUUGUUGGUUUCUUGCAAGACCGAAUACAGGAGUUGGGAGUCAGACUAGGACAUAUUGGCAUGGACAAACGCAGAGUGCGACAUGGGAAUGAGCGAUGGAGCUGGUGUUCUUUUUGUUGUUUUGUUCUGGAACUCGACUGCUGACGAAAAGCGGAGUUUUUGUUGCGUGUGUUUGAUAGUGAGUGACUCGUGAGUGAGACCACACGUACCGUAUACUCUGGACGUGGACUGGCAUAUCUUGGCGCGCAUGUAGCGAGUUCCGAGAAAGAGCUUUGAUGAGCAUACAAUUAUGCUAUACCUUGUGAGGUU